GGCGUAAGCUGCUCUUGACUCGGCACGGUCAUUGCGAAGCUCCUCGAGUUCGACAUCAACUUGUGUUCUCGUCUUUCUUAUCCGCGAGGCAUAUUCCAGCAACUGACGACAUGUCUGCGCGGGCACUUCUCACGUCUCUGCCUCCCAUGAGCUCGCACCUAACAUGUCGAACUCAAGCCCAGAAGGCAAGGCAAAUUACCUCUUGGAUCUCGUCAUCCUGCCGGUUUGAGCAGCGGCGGCGGAUAUCCAGUCCUUCUCGAAAUCUCUACCUGCCCAGGUCCCGACAAAUCCACACGACUUCAGCUGUACGGCACGGCGACAUCACGCGGCCUGAGCCCGGGACGGGGAUCAAGGUGCAUUUCAAAGAUGCGAAGGGCAACGAUAUCAAGACAGUCGAAGCAAAUGAAGGCGACGAUCUUCUCUCAAUCGCCCACGAGCAUGACAUUGACCUGGAGGGUGCUUGCGAAGGCUCCAUAGCGUGCUCGACGUGCCAUGUUAUUCUCUCACCAGGGCAUUACGACCUCCUGCCGGAGCCUUCGGAUGACGAGAACGAUAUGUUGGAUAUGGCGUUCGGCUUGACGGACACGAGCAGGCUGGGGUGUCAGGUGCGGUUGACGAAGGAGUUGGAUGGGAUGACCGCACAGUUGCCGUCAGCUACGAGGAAUAUGUUUGUCGACGGGAAGAAACCUACGCAUCACUGACAUGCCUCAUAUAUGUUCCUACCCUUUAUCGUGCUCCAACAUCUGUAUCGUAUCCGCCUCAGUACCCACCCCCCUUCAGUCUUGUCGUUAUCGUUAUUCAAUAAAAGCAGACUAAUUCAGGAACAAUAAGUUCGUGACUUUCCCCAUGCUCAACCCCCUCUUCCUGUGUUCACG